AUGCCUCGAUCAAUGUCCCAGGUCCACCAGUCCAUCGAGGGCAGUAGUUCGCCCGACCCGCUCACAAACUCCUCAGAGUCUGGCAAUACACUGCACUCAAUAUUGCGACCGAAGCGCAGAUUGUCGUCCCCGCGCAAGACUCCUCUCAGCACCAGAAAUGCCAACAGUCAGAUGCCGGCAAGCUCACCAGCGCAUUCGUACCUGGCCCCGAACUCACCAUCUAAAGCCAUUACAGAGCAGACUCUGAGUCCAUGGAAGAUUCGUGUCACGGUCGAAGCAGAGCCCGAAGACGGCGACGACCGCGCACAGAUCUCUACACGAACAUAUCAUGUGCCGCUCAAGCCGUGUUCCUCUCCAACUGAAACGAAUGCGGUGCGUGGGAGAGGCAAGCAAGCGCAGUCUUCACCUGCUAGGAAGAAACGAAGCGGCACACCUGUUCGUGGGGCGCGGAAUCGGCGAAAGAGUGUAACAGACCUCAAUAUCACAGUCCUUGGAGACGAUGAGGAUGAGGAUGAAUGGUCGCCAAAUAAGAAGUCGUCAGCGAAGACUCAUGGACGCUCGCGAUCUGCCUCGCCUAGGAAAACGCAAACAAAAUCCCGCGAAAGUACACCGGUGGUGGAGAAUGUAGACGUGCAUGACCCGGGAAGCUCGCUCCCUCCUAAUGAACCGGACUUGUCCAGUGUACGGGAGAUUGAUCUCGAUCGAGUGUCCGUCAGAGCACGUUCAUACUCGACUAGAAAGAAGGAGACAGCCAGCCCAGAUCCACAGACGUCCACAAAGCCUAGACCACAAGGUCGGAUGAAGGCGACAAGAGACUUUUCCAACACCGGCGCUAUAAGCUAUCCGACCCCUUCGCCAACGCCCUCAGCUCCUGGAGAAGAGGCUGACGUAGAUGGCGAGUCUAUGGAAGGAGACGUUGGAUAUGACACAAUCAUUGAGAGUGAAGGAUUCACCAUGAUUGACCUCGACUCUAUUCCAUCUGCACGGCAGUUUCUCAGCAGCCCUGACGAGCCAUCUCAAUCCGACGCGGCGGUCCGAAAAUCGCAUGACCGCGCUAGACAGUCGAUUGGGGAGGUCGAGGCAAUCCCGCAGCGGAAACAAGCGACACCAUUGUCAGCUCGCCUGAGGACAGCAUUCGAAGAUACAGAACUCUCAUCAAAUGUCGCUUCAUCACCACCGUCAGACAAUAACUUCCUCCAAGUACAGUCUCAUCGCCCUACUAAUCUCCGAAAAGUCACACCUGACGUCUAUUCUUCGCCAAAGCUACCCUCGCCACCCAGACAGUCGAAGAAGGAUGUUUCCCCGGGAGCAGAUACCUUGCCUCCAAGGCGAGUGGUCAAAGCUGGCAAAGCCCUUUGUGGUGCGCUUGCUGAUCCAGAGAUGGUUGAUGAGAACCUUCAGCAGACCCCUAGCUCGACUAAAGACGGCUUUCUUCAUGGUUUCAGUUCCGGCACAAAGCGCGAGCUCCGCGCUGGUCUCAGAUUCGGCGAAGAGCUGGCAAAGAAAUCCAGUACUGAUGUGCCAGCCACGAAUGUUGAAUCGCGCACAUCGCAGACAAAUACGACACAGGGAACCCAAGUGUGGCGUGGCGAAACAGUUGUUCAGCAUAGUCCGGUUGUGACAGACCUUGCGUCACAGACAAAGGACAGGCACAACGUUCCCAGCUCAGUUGCGAAACUGUCCAAGUCGCCGUUGUCCAAUACCCAAUUGAAGUGUCCGGAACUCGCAGACUACACGACCGAAACGCGGCAGCAAACACCUCAGAGCAAAUCCCAGGAGAGCAACCCGCAACUACAGACCUCGAGAGAACGGCGACUUGAACAUGAAUGGCAGCUGGAGCGCGAGGCUGUCUCGCAGCAAAUCGAUCGUGCUACCCCUAGCAAGGUCAUUGUCAUCGACUCCUCUGAUGAUGAGGCCGACGUAUGCCAAGACAAUGUUAGGAGCCAAGAUCAAGCAGAUGAGCAGCUUCCAGUACCAGUUUCAGAAGAUCAUGAAGAAGGACGACGAGGAGGGCGCGAGACAUGGGCGCAGGGCCAUGGCCCUUCACGACCAGAUCGUGCAGGCAGUCAAAAGCGAGAGCAACUUGACGAAACCCAACCUGUAUCUACUCAAAGAAUACCAGAGGCAAAUCGAGAAGAUUCAGAAGUGGAUAUCGUGGAGGACGAAGAUCUAGUUGCCGAUGAGACUGACAUCUGGCUUCUUGAGGCGAAAGAGGGCUCCAGCUCACCACGGGAGGAGCAUCAGCAGGCGUUGAGCAAGCCAAGACGCAGCUUGAUACCCAGUCCAUGGAAGAGAGGCGACGAUGUAGCUGAGGCGAGUACAAUGCUGUCGAAUGGCGAUCUCAGCGGUAUGCUAUGGCAACAACCCGUGGAAAACCGAUUCGGCGCCGGUGAGCUUGCCCGACAGACCCAACGCAUCAGCAAAGGCAAGUUCGACCUUGAUCGCAUGCUUUCCAGCCCUGUUAAGUUAGCGACCGUUGGACGGAGGAACCUUCAACUCCGAAGAGCUGAUGAGCAACUGUCGUCUGAUCCUGGCUCUACUUCAGAAUCUGCCGAGAGUAUCCUUGCUGAGGAUCUGGAAGAGUCUGUAUCCCAUUCGUCAAUGGCAAGCUCACCACCGCAACCUCGAACGAUUCCAGUCAACUUCAACGAUUCAACAAUCGCGAAUGAGGAUGUCACGCCUCCGCCACUCUACAGGUCUUCACAAACGAGUAGUGAUGAACCACGGCCCCCAACGCCUCGUUCUGCCCUCAAAGGAGGACGAGUCAGUGCUGGGCUAGAGGAUCCAGAAACGUCGCCAAUGAAACGUGUUAUCUUCAACGAAAGAUCGAGGUAUCUGAGGGAAGAUGGUGACGAAAGCACCAUGAGCGCCAAUUUGGACAGCCCUCCUGCCUUGCCCGCCCAACCCUACCAUGCUUCUUUGCCAGAAGAAGAGAUAUCUGAAGAAGUGGUCGCCGAGAAGACACCCAAGGCGACAGAAAAGAAUAGUAGCUGGGCUAGCUGGCUAUGGCGAGGCAAGGUUGACAGCAGCAGUAGCGGUGCUAGCAGCCAACCUACUUCGGAUGCUACUCCCACUAUUCAAGAGUCCAGCAAAGUUGAAGAAGAGCUCAAAGCGGAAGAGGAGGAAGAGGAAGCUGAGUGGGUUUCGACCAAGACGACACUUUCCUCAGGCGUGCGAGUGCACGAAACUUCAACCAAGCCACUUAAAGCCCGUGUCUCGAAACCUCCUUCCUACCUUCUACCACCAUCAUAUCCCUCGCUAGGGCGGACACAAUACGGCCGAUCCCAUGCCGCGCCGCCUCUCGCCACCUCCGGCCACUUUACCAACGCCCACUUCCGCGUCCUCCACAUUAUUCACGGCAAGUCUCUGCGGCCCCGCUUCCACGCGCCCAAGACGGUGCGCCCGGAAAUCCAAGCAUUGCGCGGCAUGAAACUCACCGUGGACGAGACCGAGGCCGGCAUGGACGUCUUUGAGUGGACGGUGGGCGUGGAAGAGUGUCUCGUCCUGGAACGCUUCAUGCAGGAGAUCGAGUGGGGCUGGGUGCAGCACUGGUACCAGGGCAAAGCCGUGGAAGCAUUGAAAGCCAAGGUCGCGAAGGGCGAGGCCGAGGCCGAAGCAGCAGAGGGAGAGGACUUGUGGACGGCGGAAAUGCGCAAGGUGGGCUGGGUGUGGAAGCCGGAGGAAAUCGCGAAGCAUUUGGGCAUGGUGGUCAUUGGGGAGGUGGUGAGGCGGGAGGAGAUGGAGAUGGAGAGGGUGGCGAAUCAGGCGAUGAAGAGGGAGGCUUGA